CCGCCACCCGGGGAACGAGCGCUAGAGGCCCGGGGACGCGAGGGUCUCGGCAGGGACCGGAACGAGGCGGACUCCCGGACGACCUCCCGGCCACGCCCACCGCGCUGGGCCACGCCCACAGCGCCUUGGCCACGCCCACCGCGGUCUGGGCCCGGGCCUGCCGCAGCCGCCCCUCCCUUUGCCCUUCACGGCGCCCGGCCCUCCCGGAGAGCUGGGCUCUUCGCUGCGCCCGGACAGCCUGCUUUUCAUUUCGCCUUCCUUGCUGUCCCCUCCCCGACACCCACACCGGGGCGGCGGGUCCCGCAGUGUCCCGGGAGCCGCACGUAUAACUUGCUCGGUGGGUCACUCGUCCCAUUGUGGAAUUCUUUUGAUUCUGCUGAAAGAGUUCAAAUCCUCUACCAGCCAAAAUGGGACACAGUAAACAGGUUAGAAUUUUACUUCUGAACGAAAUGGAAAAGCUGGAAAGGACCCUCUUCAGACUUGAACAAGGGUUUGAACUGCAGUUCCGAUUAGGCCCAACUUUACAGGGAAAAGCAGUUACUGUGCAUACUAAUUACCCGUUUCCUGGAGAGACAUUUAAUCGAGAAAAAUUCCGUUCGCUGGAAUGGGAGAAUCCACUAGAAAGAGAAGAUGAUUCUGAUAAAUACUGUAAACUUAACCUUCAACAAGCUGGAUCAUUUCAGUAUUACUUCCUCCAAGGGACUGAGAAGAGUGGGGGGGGUUACAUAGUCGUGGACCCUAUCCUACGCGUCGGUGCCGAUAACCAGGUGUUGCCCUUGGACUGCGUGACCCUCCAGACCUUUCUAGCCAAGUGUCUGGGGCCCUUUGAUGAGUGGGAGAGCCGCCUGAGGGUUGCGAAGGAGUCGGGUUACAACAUGAUUCACUUCACCCCGCUGCAGGCCUUGGGGGAGUCCAGGUCCUGCUACUCCCUUGCGGAUCAGCUGGAAUUAAAUCCCGACUUUUCACGACCCAAUAAAAAGUGUACCUGGCAUGACGUUGGGCAGCUAGUGGAGAAACUGAAAAAGGAGUGGAACAUCCUUUGUAUUACCGACGUGGUCUACAAUCACACCGCUGCUAACAGUAAGUGGAUCCAGGAGCAUCCCGAGAGCGCGUACAACCUCGUGAACUCCCCGCACCUGAAACCCGCCUGGGUCUUGGACAGAGCGCUGUGGCACCUGUCCUGCGACGUGGCGGGAGGCAGAUACCGAGAAAAGGGCGUGCCCGCUUUGAUCGAGAACGACCACCAGAUGAACUGCAUUCGAAAAAUAAUUUGGGAAGAGGUUUUCCCCAAGAUCCAGCUCUGGGAGUUUUUCCAAGUGGACGUGGACAAAGCGGUGGAGCAAUUCCGACAGCUCCUCACACAAGGAAGCAGGAAGACACCAACCAAGCCCGACCCCCAGCAGCACCUGAAGAUCCUUCAGGACCCUGAGUACAGGCGGCACGGCUGCACUGUGGACAUGAACAUAGCACUGGCCACGUUCAUCCCCCAAGACAACGGGCCGGCCGCCAUUGACGAGUGCUGUGGCUGGUUCCGGGGGAGAGUCGAGGACUUAAACUCAGAGAAACGCCAGCUCGUGAACUACCACCAGGAGCAGGCAGUCAACUGCGUUUUGGGAAACGUGUUUUAUGAGCGACUGGCUGGCCAUGGUCCCAAACUAGGACCUGUCACUAGAAAACACCCUUUAGUUACCAGAUACUUCACCUUCCCGUUCGAAGACGCAACCCUCGCUGAGGAAGAGCCCCUGCUCCACCUGCCGCACAGAGCCUGCUUCCUGAUGGCGCACAACGGGUGGGUGAUGGGAGACGACCCGCUCCGCAACUUCGCCGAGCCAGGCUCGGACGUGUACCUCCGGAGAGAGCUGAUCUGCUGGGGGGACAGCGUGAAGCUGCGCUACGGGAACGGGCCGGAGGACUGCCCCUACCUGUGGGCCCACAUGAAGAAAUACACGGAGAUCACCGCCACCUAUUUCCAGGGCGUCCGGCUGGAUAACUGCCACUCCACGCCCCUGCACGUCGCCGAGUACAUGUUGGACGCCGCGCGGAAGCUGCAACCCAACCUCUACGUGGUGGCCGAGCUGUUCACGGGGAGCGAAGACCUGGACAACGUCUUUGUGACUCGGCUGGGCAUCAGCUCCUUGAUCAGAGAGGCAAUGAGCGCGUACAACAGCCACGAGGAGGGCAGACUGGUGUACCGGUACGGAGGCGAGCCCGUGGGGUCCUUCGUGCAGCCCUGCCUGCGGCCCCUGGUGCCGGCCAUCGCCCACGCCCUGUUCAUGGACAUCACCCACGACAACGAGUGUCCCAUUGUGCACCGAUCGGCCUACGACGCCCUCCCGAGCUCCACCAUCGUCUCCAUGGCGUGCUGCGCCAGCGGGAGCACCAGAGGCUAUGACGAGCUCGUGCCCCACCAGAUUUCAGUGGUGUCCGAAGAGCGGCUCUACACCAAGUGGAACCCUGGGGCCUCCCCGUCGGACACCGGGGACGUGGGUCUCCAGAGCGGAAUCAUCGCGGCCAGGUGCGCCGUCAACAGGCUCCACCAGGAGCUGGGGGCCGGCGGCUUCACUCAGGUAUACGUGGACCAGGUGGAUGAGGACAUAGUGGCCGUGACGAGGCACUCUCCCAGCAGCCACCAGUCGGUGGUGGCAGUGUCCAGGACCGCCUUCCGGAACCCCAAGACGUCCUUCUACAGCAAGGAGGUGCCGCAGAUGUGCAUUCCCGGCAAAAUUGAAGAAGUAGUUCUCGAAGCUAGAACUAUUGAAAGAAACACAAAACCUUAUAAAAAGGAUGAGAAUUCGAUCAAUGGAAUACCUGACAUCACAGUCGAAAUCAGAGAACACAUUCAGCUGUACGAGAGUAAAAUUGUUAAACAAGCUGGAGUUACCACAAAGGGACCCAAUGAAUACAUUCAGGAAAUAGAAUUCGAAAACUUAUCUCCAGGAAGCGUUAUCGUCUUCAGGGUCAGCCUGGACCCGCACGCGCAGGUCGCCGUGGGCAUCCUCCGGAACCACCUGACGCAGUUCAGCCCCCACUUCAGGUCCGGCAGCCUCGAGGUGGACAACGCAGACCCCGUGCUGAAAGUCCCCUUCGCUGCCAUCGCCUCCAAACUGACUUUGGCCGAGCUGAACCAGGUGCUGUACCGCUGUGAAUCCGAGGAGCGGGAAGACGGGGGCGGCUGCUACAACGUGCCGAACUGGUCCUCCCUCAAAUACGCCGGUCUGCAAGGGCUGAUGUCCGAGCUGGCGGAGAUCCGGCCGAAGAACGACCUGGGCCACCCCUUCUGCGACAACCUGAGGUCCGGGGACUGGAUGAUCGACUACGUCAGCGGCCGGCUCAUCGCCCGCUCGGGGACCAUCGCUGAGGUUGGCAAGUGGCUGCAGGCCAUGUUCUUCUACCUGAAGCAGAUCCCGCGGUACCUCAUCCCCUGCUACUUCGACGCGAUCCUCAUCGGCGCCUACACCACCCUCCUGGACGCCGCCUGGAAGCAGAUGUCCAGCUUCGUGCGGGACGGCUCCACCUUCGUGAAGCACCUGGCGCUGGGCUCGGUGCAGAUGUGCGGCGUGGGGAAGUUCGCCUCGCUGCCGCUGCUCUCGCCCGCGCUGCGGGACGUGCCCUGCCGACUCAACGAGGUCACGAGGGAGGAGGAGCAGUGCUGCGCGUCCCUGGCGGCCGGCUUGCCUCACUUUUCCUCUGGCAUCUUCCGCUGCUGGGGAAGGGACACCUUCAUCGCGCUCAGAGGCCUGCUGCUCAUCCCCGGCCGCUACGUGGAGGCCAGGAACAUCAUCCUAGCGUUCGCCGGCACGCUGAGACACGGGCUCAUCCCCAACCUCCUGGGGGAAGGCACGCACGCCAGAUACAACUGCCGGGACGCCGUGUGGUGGUGGCUGCAGUGCAUUCAGGACUACUGCCGCCUGGUCCCCAACGGCCUGGACAUUCUCCAGUGCCCCGUGUCCAGGAUGUACCCCACGGACGACUCUGCCCCUCUGCCCGCCGGCACCGUGGACCAGCCGCUGAGCGAGGUGAUCCAGGAGGCCAUGCAGAGGCACGCGCAGGGCGUGCAGUUCCGGGAGAGGAACGCCGGCCCGCAGAUAGACCGGCACAUGAAGGACGAAGGCUUUAACAUAACCGCAGGAGUGGACGAAGAGACGGGGUUUGUUUACGGAGGAAACCGCUUUAACUGCGGCACGUGGAUGGAUAAGAUGGGGGAGAGCGAAAGAGCGAGAAACAGAGGCAUCCCUGCCACCCCGAGAGAUGGGUCUGCUGUGGAAAUCGUGGGCCUGAGUAAAUCCGCUGUCCGUUGGCUGCUGGAACUGUCCAGAAAAAACAUCUUCCCUUAUCGUGAAGUCACAGUAAAAAGACAUGGGAGGGCGGUGACGGUCUCCUAUGACGAGUGGAACAGGAAAAUACAGGACAACUUCGAAAGGCUGUUCUACGUGUCCGAGGACCCGUCGGACACAAACGAGAAGAACCCGCACCUGGUUCACAAGCGCGGCAUCUACAAAGACAGCUACGGGGCGUCAAGCCCCUGGUGCGACUACCAGCUGCGCCCCAACUUCACCAUCGCCAUGGUGGUUGCCCCUGAGCUCUUCACGGCGGAGAAAGCGUGGAAGGCUUUGGAGAUGGCCGAGAAGAAGCUGCUGGGUCCCCUCGGCAUGAAAACUCUGGAUCCAGACGACAUGGUGUACUGCGGGGUCUACGACAACGCCCUGGACAGCGACAACUACAACCUCGCGAAGGGCUUCAACUAUCACCAAGGACCUGAGUGGCUGUGGCCCGUUGGGUAUUUUCUUCGCGCAAAAUUGUAUUUUUCUAAAUUGAUGGGUCCAGAGGCUAAUGCCAAGACUGUGUUUUUGGUUAAAAAUGUUCUUUCUCGGCAUUACGUUCACCUUGAGAGGUCCCCCUGGAAAGGCCUCCCGGAGCUGACCAACGAGGACGGCCAGCACUGCCCUUUCAGCUGUGAGACCCAAGCCUGGUCCAUCGCCACCAUCCUUGAAACGCUCUACGACUUGUAGUCGGUCCGCUGCUGUUUAUGAAGCGCGCGGUCUCUUGUAUCACGGGCUGCAAGGACACAACGUAAUGUAAAUGCUUGACACGCACAGGCUUGAGUCCGACGAGAACCUCAUUCACGUGCCACUGAUGCGCACUUGGGUAAAGCCUGCUGUAAGAGCAUCAGUUUUUCUUUAUUUAAUGUGCAGAGCUGUUGACCUAAGUCAGAGAGAACGUUGUCGUGACUGAUGGGAUGUUUUUCUUUUGAAAUCAGUAAGUAUUCUUCCAAUGCCUACAAACCACGAGUUUGAAAAAGAGAGAUCAUGUAAUCUUCUAUUUGUCCGUAAAGUGAAAAUGAAAUUAUGAGGAUGUACUGAUGGGAAAACUGGAAAAAAGAAAGAUAACUGAGGUAUGAAGAGAAGAAAAGGAAAAAACUAGAAAAAUAUGUUUAAAUUGUGCUAUGCAUUGUCUUCAGUAACAAGGCAGACUGAAUCGGCUGUGUGUAAUUAAUGGUCUCACUUUCCACUGCAGUAUUUCUAGCACCUUCCACGCUGCAUUCAGUAACUAUUGAGUGAGUGUCCGUCGGUGGAAGUGUCCACCUCCAAUGCACGUUCACAAAGGGGCACAGAUGUUCACGUGUGCUUUUAUUUCUCACUGAUACACUCAUGUGUCUUAGUAGAAUGAAUACCAUCAGUAUAUUUAGCAUAAUUGUGCUGCUAAUGUGUAGGAUGGAUGAGAAACACCACAAAGCAUUAGGAAUUUAAUUCCCAAAAACAGUUUUAUAAAAUUAGUAUUGUCUCUGUGUCCAACUAUGAGACUGUUUACUUUUUUAAAAUGCAAAAUGUUUGGCAUAGUUAUGAGAACUUCAAAGAAAAAAAUGCUCUAUUAAUUUUCUAAAACUUAACUAUUUUUAGUUUGUGUGUAAAAGGUAUUGAUAGAUCAUAGUAGAUUCUGGUUCCUAUGAACCACGACCUACCAUUGACAAGUGUAGCAUUGAGAAUAAUCUUAACAUAAUGAAAAUACAGAUAUGAAUUCAGGAGUUAUCUUUAAUUCAAUAAAAUCAUUUGAAAAGUUUUUCAUGUUAUUUUAAGAUGCCUUAAACCUGAAAAAGUCAUAAAACAAAAAAAGUUUUUAACAUUUUUGUGAUUUCACAUUUUUGAAUAGUACUUGUUUUCAAGGUGGAAUGUCUUUUUUUUUUUACUCAAGAAAACAUUUCAAACAGAUUGUUAUACUUUCAGUUGAAAGAAAGUAGCUGCAGAAGUCCUUCCAUUACUAUAUAAUAUAUUCAAUGGUGUCUAGGUAAAAUAAUAGUACAGUAACGCCUUCUCAGAGAUCAUAUGCCCUACCACCCUAAGUGUGACUAAGUAGUAAAAAGAAAGAAGAGAAGCACGCAAACUGAAAGUCCUGGGCACUAAAAAUACACAAAUCCUCCGAUGUUAAGCACCCGUGCCUGAAAGUGCAUGCAGUUUACUGCAGGAUUUUCACCUGCACGCCCUUCUUUGAAGCUGAGCCUACUUUCGAAAUGGUUUGCACAGGCUUAGCUUUCUGGUUUCCCAGCCUCAAGCGCAUUAAGCCCUACAGACUUAAGGUCUGUUGAAACAGUGAUCUGGCUGCUCUCGCUAAGCACACGGCUUCCAAACUCCCCUCCCUUCCUCACUGUUCAGCUGCAGCGCUAGCUUCUCUAACCCUCCCUGCGAGAGGGGCACGCUAGUCAUUGGGGUUAUGCAGCUCAGCGCUCCUCCUUCAGCUUCGAUAUAAAAGGUGGAAGAAAAGUACCUGAAAACCGACAUAUUUAACAAAAGCAAGAAGUACUGGCUGAGUGCCAAAUGCGACAAAGACGUUAAAUAAUUAAUAACAAAUAAUGAGUUGAUGAUUUUUAAAACAUAGCCACGUUGGGUCAUCCCUGGCAGGGCAAAUAACCCACCUCAGUGGAGUUUUAAGGCAUUGUGUUGCUGUGUUAGAAAAGUGAACGGUUGUAUUCCCAAUAAGGAA